AUGGCAAUAAGUUUAUGUAAGAUAUUACGAAGAAAUAAUAAAAGAGUUCACUAUGAAAAAGGGAAAUAUAUAAUUCCUAAAUUAGAUACUACAUUAGACACUAAAUUCGAUGAAUCAGGAGAAGAAAACAUAUUUGAUCCACCAUUAAAAGCAAAAGAUGACUUGCCUUUAUAUAUGCAACCAUCAGAAAAUAACAAAAGUUGGUCAGAAGAAUGGAGAGACAAAGGAUUAAAAAAAGAAGAGAACAAAAAGCAUAAUUUUCUAUCUUCAGAUAAUUAUGCAUAUAAUGUUCCAUAUAACUAUAAGAUAGUUAUUCCUACCAAAAAAAAUGUAAAGGAUGAUAAAAACAUAAAAGAAGAAUACAGUCGAGAUGUUAGUGAUACUUUAUCCUACACUGAUUUCUGUGGGUUUAGAAAUCCUUCAUUAUCUACAUUUGAUAAUUACAGAUACUGGCAAGAUAGUGGUUUUAAAAAAUUUUUGAAUCGUAUUUUUCCAAUUAAAAUUCCAGAACAUAAAAAAGUUGAUCCUUUAUUAAGAGAAUAUAUAUAUUUUUUGCAUUCAUUUGAUCCCUAUAGAUUUACAUUUAAAAAAUUAAGUGGAAGAUAUUUUUUUCCGGAAAGCACAAUCAAGUUAAUUUAUAAAGAAGAAAGUGUUAAGAGAUUUUUAGCUGAAAAUCAAUUAUGUGACGAAAAAACAAAAAGAAUUACUAAAAAAGAAGCCAUAUUGAAAAUUAAAGAAUUAAUAUAUUCCAAAAAAAUAGGAUAUAAAGAAAUUGGUGAUUAUGAAAAUAUAAAAAAUGAAGAUGAUGAAUUUGUUGGUUAUAAAAAUACAUUUGAUCAAAUAAAUAGACAAGUUAUUCAAGUAGAAUCUAUCUCUUCUUUUCCUUUACCUGAUAGAAGAGAUCCUGUACCAAAAAGAGUAGAUAUUGAUAUGCCAGUUUUUAAUUCAGCAAAUGUAAAAAUUAUGAAUUGGAUAAAUCCAAAUGAUAAAGUUAUAUUUUAA